AUGUCACCACCACCAACUGCAACUAGUAGGCGACAUCGAUAUCGUUUAUCAAGUCCUAAUUAUCAUCAUGAUCGAGCAAAUGAACAAACAAAUGGAUUCAGUGGUCAUUCCAGGGAGAAUGAUUUAGAUGUGAAAUGUGGGGAUUUUUUACCUGAAGAUGCUGUAGAAAAGCUUCUGAAUGAUGAUUCUACAAUAUUAAGUGCUAUAUAUGAUGGUUUUCCGGUUUUUGAAUGUUUUGCAACGGAGAUUAGUAGCACGGAUGCGAAGAGGAAGUUGUAUAAUGAUUUACGGAUUGGUGAUGAAUUAUGUUUCCGAAUCCGCCGUGUUGAGCUUGCUGGUGUCUAUGCUGAACCUAUUUGUAUGCUACAUUCAUUUCGACGAAGUUUGAGGUGGAUUAAUGAUUUUCAAGUUUUACUCGGGCGAAACUUACAAAGUGGACGUGAUUACCGACCAAACGACUUGAUUAAAGUUCUGGUAGUUGGCUUUGAUGACGAAACGAAAAUUCCAGUUUUUGCUAUAGAUGAAGAUGCGGGUCUUUUGACGGAAGCUGAAUUGCCGACUUACUUCAGGAAUGGUGAGAAAACUGGGACCAAAACUUUCGAUGAGUAUCUCAAAGACUAUCUGCCAGCUACUAAUCCUAAUCUCGCAGCACUUUUUGGUGUGGAGACCGAUUUAGCUAUUUCUUUUUUGCAUGAAUUGAAAGAUACGGAUUUUUCAUCAAAACAUCGUGCUCCUUACAUCCGUCGUAGGCAGAAUGAGGAUCUUUCUAUGAGUGUUGCUAAAAGAGGCGUUGAUAGGAUUCGAGAAGGCGAAAAUGCUGCUGCUGUGCAGCAUUUCAACAAAGCACUUUCCAUUUGUGGAAAGAAUAUUGAAGCUUUAGUUGGCAGAGCAGCUGCGUAUGCCAAUAUGGGGCAAUAUAAUUUGGCAGAAACAGAUUUAGAUGAAGCUUUGGCAAUAAAUGCAUCGCAUACUAAUGCAAGAAAUUAUAUGAUCGAAACGCUAUUACAGGAAGCUAAGAGAUUAGAAGAAGUUGGCAAAAAAGGUGAAGCGAAAGUGAAAUAUGAGAAAAGCUUAACGAUAAAAAGUGAUGUACGUGCAUUGGAUGGUUUAAGAAAUCUGGAACGAAGUCCAUCGGUUGAGAUAAUUAAAAUGAAGAAUGACGAUGCUAAAGCGAAAGAUCGAAAAGCAGAACAUUCGAGAGCAGCAGAUGAAAAGCAGCGACGAAAGCGUCGAAGAGAUGCGGAAAAGCUAGCUGAGUAUGAAAGGGAGCUUUUUUCGCUGGAAGUUAUAAUGAUUACUGAGCAAAUAGAAGUAGGUCGAUGUUUAUGUAUCCAUGCUCAAUUACAAGCUGUUGAUAUUGUUUUGCAAUCAUUACUUUAUCAACGUGGGAUUGUACCAGCUGUUGUAACUCAACUGCUUUCAACCGUUGAAUCACACGAUGAAAUUAAAUUUUUUGAAACAUAUACAAAGAUUAGAGAAGCACUGCGAGAGUUAUUCCGUAGCUGUAAUCGUCGUGCACUUCAUGAAAUCAUUAUAAUUAUUGGUGCAUCAUGUGCGAUACCACAGGAAAUUUAUCGAAUACCUAUUAAAGUAUGUGAUUCAUUUGAAUCGGAUCUUUCACACUGUGGCCAAAAUUGUGCUGAAUUGUCGUCCAGGGAGCAACGUAGGAUAUCAUCUUUAUUGGUAAUAAGUCCAAAUUUGAAUACUGCACGGAAUAUUACUCGAAAUACUCGUGUUUGUGUUUUGGUACGUGGAACUUCUGCUCUUAAAUUUCCGGAAGAACUUGUCGAAAACGAUGAUGGUUUUGCAUUACCGGAAGGUAAAGUGUUAGCACGACGAAAAACAUACUCUGUGCAGUUUGUACUUAAACACCUUUGCGUUGAGGAUGUUGUUGUGGUUAGUGAUCCUGACACAACAUGGUUUCGUCUUUCACCGAUCAUCCAGGCAUUCAGCUAG